AUGGGCCCCGCAUUCCUCUCGGAGCUCGCCCGGCGCAACCGGUACAACCUCCGCACGCUCCGGCGGUCACCCGCGGCCGAAAUCUCGGGCGCCCUCGGUGACCUGGGCACGCUGCUCCCGUUGAUGAUUGCACUCGCCUUGCAGGGCUCCAUAGACUUGACGUCAACCCUCAUCUUCUCGGGCCUGUUCAACAUCGCCACGGGCGUUGUCUUUGGCAUCCCGCUGCCCGUGCAGCCCAUGAAGGCCAUCGCCGCAGCUGCCCUGGCCAACCACCUCCCCCUCCGCGUCACCACCGCCGCCGGCGCGCUCGUCUCCUUUGCCGUGCUCCUCCUCAGCGCCACCGGCCUCCUCCGCCUCCUCGCCCGCCUGAUCCCCGUGCCCAUCAUCAAAGGCAUCCAGCUCGGCGCCGGCCUCCGCCUCAUCACCUCCGGCGCGGCCCUGAUCCUGCCGCUCCCCUGGCUCGCCCCGCCGCCCCUCGACAGCCGCCUCGCCGCCCUGCUCCUCUUCCUCCUCCUCCUCCUCACCCAACGCGCCGCCCGCUUCCCCUACGCCCUGCUGGCCUUCCUCCUCGGCAUUGCCGUCGCCGAGGAGGACGACGACGACGACGGCAGCGCCGCGGCGCCCGCCGUCCCGAGCGCCACCGCGCUCGGCCUGUCCGUCGCCGCCAUGAACCUGCUCGCGUGCUGGUCCGGCGCCAUGCCCGUGUGCCACGGCGCGGGCGGGCUGGCCGCGCAGCACCGGUUCGGCGCGCGCAGCGGCGCCAGCGUCGUGCUACUGGGCCUGGCUAAGGUGUUGCUCGGGGUUUGGGGCAGCGGGGCUCGGUCCGGGUCGGGGUGGGGCCUGCUGCAGAACCACACUGGGGGGCAGCAAGGGCUGAUCGAGUUCCUCCGCCGGUUUCCGGGCGGCGUGCUGGGCGUCAUGGUCAUUGCGGCUGGGCUGGAGCUGGCGAAGGUCGGGGCUGGGCUGAACAGUGGGGCGGCGGACUUGUGGGAGGAGAGCGUGGCGGAGGGGGAGGGGGUUGGGGUGGGUUUUUUCAGGAGGCGGCGGUGUAGGGAGGUUGGUGUGCGGGAGCAGCAGGAGCGGUGGAUGGUCAUGAUGGUGACCGCGGCGGGGAUUUUGGCCUUCAAGAACGACGCGGUGGGCUUCUUGGCGGGGUGCUGCUGUCACGCGGCCUACCGGGCCGCCGACUGUGUUGAGAGGAGGCAGGCGGAGGGGAGAUGGGGGCUGGUGGGCGAGCGCUUGCCAUUGUUGCGGUAGGCGCAGCUCCCUGACGUUGGAGCGCAAUGUGGAGUAUUGGGUAGCAGUAGAACGAAGUAGAACGAAUAUAUGAACACCG